GCAUUUUGAUAUGCAAAAAAGAUGCUGUCCCCAGUAGCGACAUCUCCAAAGCCAGAUCACAGUCCAACUUCCCCGAGAGGACCUACCCCUGACGCUGGCGAUGGGAGUCGUGCUGCGGCUCGUCAGCGGAAAAGGCGAGAUCUGCUGAAGCAGUACUAUGGGAUUGGAGGGGAGAGUGCUCCUCAGGCCACUAUCAAAAAGGAGAAGCCACCAGAUCCCUUGGAUAUAGACAACCAUGCCUUCAAUGCCGAGCUGCACCUCAAUAAAUUGAUGAACGAGAUGGCGCUGCCAGAUCUGAUACAGCGCGACAAUGAGCUCGUUGCAGAAAUCAAGCAAUUGGACGGUGAUAUGAAAACCCUGGUUUACGAAAACUACAGCAAGUUCAUUAGCGCGACAGACACAAUACGAAAGAUGAAAACGAACGUUGAAAACAUGGAAAGUGAAAUGGACCAGCUUUCAAAGAGCAUUGCUAAAAUCAGUGACUCGUCAACAACCAUAAACAAUGGGUUGCAAGAUCAGCGGGCAAAGCUGCACCAACUUAACGGCGUCGAUAACCUACUUAAAAAGCUCAACUUUGUGAUUGAACUUCCAAACCGCCUACACGAAUGCGUCGACAAAGGUCAACAUGCCCAGGCGGUUCGAUAUUACUCACGUGUUUCGAAUCUGCUGGAACGAUAUCGGCAUAUGUCCGUGUUUUCCAAAAUUGAGGAGGAAUGCCGCACGAUAAUUGAUAAGGUCGCUCGACUUAUUAAACAAAAGCUCAACAGUGAUCAGUCAACAUUAGCAGAGAUAUCUGAAUGCGUCGGAUUAUUGAUAGGAUUGAAUGCCAUGUUCCCUGUUGAACUGGCACGAGCGUAUCUACGUGCCGCCACGGCCCAGCUAAAACAAAUCAAAAUCAACUGCUUGAAGCAUAUGAACAAUAUCCAGAUAUCAGAUGCCAAACCUGCAUCUGAGCUUUCGGGAGAACCUCUGCCAUCCGACGUUCAACUAGCAAUGGAGAAGAUACAGUAUUUCGACAAUACUUACGUUCGGGACUUUGCAAGCUUUGUAGAAUGCUAUUAUACCUUCUUUUUGACUUCCAAAGAGAAUGCUUCGUCCCCCGACACCAAAACUGGGGACUUGAGGCCCAACGCUUUUGCAAAGAUGUCGCCGGAGCAACAGGAAGAGGUUCGCUCUGCGUUAGUAGCCACUGUAGAAUCAAUCACUAAGGAUUAUAUCGACGUCAUCGAGCGGCUUCUGCAUAUUCCGGAUGAUAUCACCAAAAUAUCUCCACUCUCGUAUAUACAUGUUCUGGAUCGUGUUCAUAAGGAUGUGCAGGACAUGGAGCCAUUGAAGCGAGUUGGAAAAGUGGACAGGAGGAUUAACGCCAUGUCUUUUGAAUUGCUCAGUAAAGUUAUUACAGCCGUUUUUGGCAAGAUCAAAAAAGAGUUUUUCAAUCGGUAUAAAGAUAUUCAACAGUCCAAGGAUCUGGAUUUGGCUGUAUUCAUCAAGGAUCUGAACGCAUGGAUGAAAAAUACGUUGAUAAACCAGUAUUUGCCAAUUCUCGAGAGAUUUAUUAGUCCCAAUAUCGACUUCAUGAAGCACUCUGUUUUUGGAACGGAUGAUAUUUUGGAUCAGAUACAGCGGGGUUUAGACGUGUUCUGGCUCUCAUUUACCGAGGACAUGAUUGCAAUUAAUAAUCCGCCUAAAGGCUCAAACGAUCCAGUACCUCCACCACUCACAACUCUGAUGAUGUCCCGUUCUGCAUUGGAGCUUUCCUUGGGCACCGUAGAGGGCGUAAUGUCCGCCUAUACCGAUGUUUUAUUCUCCCGAAAAGGCGAUGCCGCCGAUGCUCAGAUAUCCACCCAAUCAAUGCGCCGGCCGCAGUUGAUGGUUGUGACCGCUAGCGGUGGAACGGUCGCAGGUGCCGCGGGGCCGGGUUAUGCGAACCGUGGCGGCAAUCGAUCUCAAGCCUCUGGGACGUCCCACGAAACGAUGGCUCGAGCGCGAGAGAUUUCUGGUAUUUGCAAGACAGCGGCUCAGCGUCUAGUAAGGCUCUAUGUAGAACGAAUUGCCCAGGACUUGACCCUAGUAGUACAGAACCAUCUUCAAACCACACCUUGGCUCAAACUGACAACCGCUAACGGUGCAUCUGAUGCGUGGAUUGCCGUUUUGGACAGAAUGAGUGCAAUGGAGCACGACGUUGACCAACUAUAUCAAGACGAUGGUUCAUUCGCGAGGAGAGAUCGAGGACCGGGGCGGUCCGCCGAGGCAACCCGAGCAAACAGCAGACCAUCAACAGCAGGCCACUCCCGAACGGGUUCCACCUCCCACUCUUACAUGCGCAAUUCAUCGUCCACCAGUUCGUUCAAGUCUGCAGCAGGGCUAAACAAACCCAGUGCAAAAUUUGAUCCCCUUUUAAGUCACAUUGAUAAGUUGUUUGCGGAACGGGUUGAGUAUUAUGGGCAGGUGGAGUUGAGCAAGUCGGCGAUUUUGACUGCCAUUUCGAAGCUCGUUGUCAAGUGCUACAUGGAGGAACUCCGACUCGUGACAUUGGGCACCACUGGGUUUCAACAAAUUCAAAUUGACAUUGAGGUGCUCAAAGUGCACAUGUGGCGAUAUUGUACAGAUGAAAGGUUGUUCAAUAACCUUGUUGAUGAAAUUCAGUCCUGUGCUUUCAGAAGGUGUUUGGAUCCUCAACCGCUUGAGUACGCGGUCGUCGAGCCCAUUGUUAAUGGUUACGAACGGAAAAGAUAGAUGAAUAGAUUACUCGUGAGAAAGGAUAAUUCAUGUGUGGUUGCCGCAAACGAAGCUUGGCAUUGGGACAGUGGGCAUUCCCAACCCGUAUAUAAACUUUCCAAGCAAUACUCUAUAUGAAUAAUACUUCAUUAAGGAAAAAAUCAAUUGUCC